AGAGCGGAAAGUUUCUGUCGUUUUAGAAACUUCUUGGUCACACUACCAAGAGCCCAGCGUAAAUAAGCUGAUUAGUUGGGGGAGAUGGCCGGAGAGACAGAAGAUGAGAUCCCUGAAUCCGGAGCUGUCUUCACUUUUGGAAAGAGUAAAUUUGCAGAUAAUGCCCCCAGUAAAUUCUGGUUAAAAAAUGAUGUACCUUUGAGAAUUUCCUGUGGAGAUGAGCACACUGCACUAGUAACAGAAAAUGGUAAGCUGUUUAUGUUUGGCAGCAAUAACUGGGGACAGCUGGGCCUCGGAACAAAGACCACUGUGAAUAAACCCACUUGUGUAAAAGCCCUAAAAUCUGAAAGUGUGAAGCUCGCAGCCUGUGGAAGAACUCACUCACUUGUUUAUACAUCCCGUGGUAACCUGUAUGCCUCUGGAGGGAAUAAUGAAGGACAGCUUGGUCUUGGUGACUGCGAUGACAGAACCUCCUUCCACCUGGUGGACUUCUUCAGCAAACAUGGGCCAAUCAAAAUGCUCGCUGCUGGUUCCAAUACAUCUGCUGUCCUGACGCAGGAUGGCAGGCUCUAUAUGUGGGGCGAUAACUCCGAGGGUCAGAUUGGGUUAGGAAAGGAGAGUAACGCACUCACUCCUCAUGAGGUUUCUGUGGGGAAACGAGUGUCAUGGGUCUCCUGUGGAUAUUAUCAUUCUGCCUUUGUUACCGUGGAUGGGGCCUUGUUCACAUUCGGAGAAAAAGACAGUGGAAAGCUGGGCUUGUCCACAGAGAAGCUGGCCAAUCAUAAAGUGCCUCAACAGGUGACCGGCAUCUCUGAUAAGGUGGUAAAGGUGUCCUGUGGAGGAGGGCACACGGUGGCGCUUACUGAGCACAAGGUGUAUUCGUUUGGCCUGGGUCAGUUUGGACAGCUUGGCCAUGGCACAUUCAUAUUUGAGUCUCGUUUACCCAGAGUGGUUGAGCAUUUCAGGAGGGGCAGAGUUAAACAUGUGGACUGUGGAGAGAACCAUACAGCGUUGAUUACUGACAGCGGCCUUUUGUACACCUUUGGUGAUGGUCGGCAUGGAAAACUGGGACUUGGAGAAGAAAAUUUCACCAACCAGUUCAGACCGACCCUGUGUACGAGAUUCCUCAACUGCCAUGUACAUUCUGUUACUUGUGGUGGGUGUCACAUGCUUGUGUUGGCAAAGCCCAGGGCUGAAAGGUCGGAGGAUUUGAUCCUGGAGGAGGAUGACAUCACAGAAGACUACUUUGACAAGUCCUGUACUGAACUACUGGGGGACACCCUAAACAGGAGUCUCUCGGCUCGGGUCAGACGCAGAGAACGGGAGCGUUCACCAGAUCAGUUUGGACAAAUGUUUCGAACACUCCCAGCUCUGGGUGGACAUCAUCUGAGUGCAUCUCUAUCUGUUCCCAGCCAGAUCCGUCACUCCCAAAGUAACCAACCUGGAAAGAUCCCUCACAACAGCCUCAAAAUUCCUGGAAAGAGAGAGAAAUCUCUCGAUGACAGAAGCAGUGUGGAGGAUAGUGAGAGCGUAAAAGACCUUGGAGAAACCACUGACUUAUUAAACCUGACUCACAUAAUUAAGUUGGACCCUAGCGAUAAGACCCUCACAUUGUCUCCUAUGGAGAAGAAGAAGGUUAAGGUUGUGCACGGUAAGGAGAAGGGAAAGCAUAGUGAUGGCCACGCCCCUUAUAGUAAGAGGGUGGAGCUUUCAGCUCGCAAAGCUCUUCCCACUGAGUUACUUAGAAGCUCAAGUGGUAGCUCAGUAGUCGAGGACAGUCUUGGGUCAGGGACACCCCAGAAGUGCCCUAAGAGACAUGGUCAUGAUAAGGAAAAUGUACUUAUCGCUUUGGAGAACAGAAAGCCUGCAUAUCACCAAGCUGGUGGAAGUAAAACCAGAUUGGGGUCAGACAUAAGCAGAACUGGAUCCAAAUCCUACCUGCCCAAGCACACAGAAUUGAUGAAGUCAAUGGAAAAAGUUACAAAAGAUUCAACUGGAAAAGCCAAACCAAAUCAAGAGGCUGAAAGCGAGAAGGUUGCUCAAAAAUCAAAAGGAAGUACAAAACCAAACCAAGAGGGAAUAGGUAAAGCAAAACCCAAAGAUCGUCCAUUGGAAGUCAGAAGCCAGCCUCAAACAUUUGUGGGGAAAGAAAAGGAAGUAAAAAUGAAACCCAUAAUUGUUGUUGAACAUCAUCUUGAACAGACCACACAUAAGGACCAAGACCCAACAGGUAAGAAGAUCUCAAAAGAUGAUUUACCAAAAGCUCAGAGGGUGAAAGGUGAAACGAAUGCUGCUAAGACAGAAAACAAAACUUUUGUCCCACAGAGUAAAAAGUCAGAUUCAAAAAAAGACUCAAAAAGUAACAAGACAAUACAAGAGAUCUCCACAACUUCACAACAAUCCUCAUGCCAAGAAGAUGUUUCUACAAAGAAGACAAAGAAAUCAAGAGCAGAACAAAGCCAAUUGCUAGUAGAAGACAAGUUGAAAAACACAAAAAAGGGGCCUACCAUUGUGUCCGAAGCUGCCUCCAAAUCUGAAUCGGCGUCAGAAGCUGAGCAAAUUAAGGAAAAUCCUCUCAUCAAGGUGACAUCUUUUCUCCAAGAUGUGGGAAUGGGAAGUCCUGCUUGUUUACUUGGAGCAUCAGCAGUCAGUCAGUUCCUUUCCCAGUCCACACCCCAAAAUAUGCCAAAACCUCCUUCAAAACAAAGAACUCUAUCUGAUGUUUCGUCCCUGAGUGAGUCCGAAGAGGUUUCGAGACAGGAGGAGACUAGAGAAGCCAAGAGGACGGCUGUCACCAUCAACAUGAGGACAGAAUCAGGAACUUCAGACGGGGACUUGGAAAGAAGCAGCAUUGAGUCCAAAACCGAGGCUCAUUCUGAGGUGGGAACAUAUAAAAGAAGCGAGGAGGAAUCAGAUGAGGAGGAAGAGGAGGAAAGCAAGGCGUUGGUGAACAGAAGGGAUGAGAGUGAGGAAGUGGAUGACAGUGAGGAGGAAAGUGAGGGCAAGACCCUUGACAAGGUAGCAGACGAUGAUGAUUUUGAGGUUGACGGUGAUACAACGACCAAAGGUUCUAGUGAGGAUGAGGAAAGCGAGGAAGAGGAGGAUAAAAGUAAAAGCGAGGCAACUGAGGAUGUAGAGAGUGAGGCUGAGGAAGGGGAGAGUGAUAGAAUAGAAGACAAGGAAGAAGAAACAAGUGAGAUAAGUAAAAAAAGCGAAGAGGAGAGUAGAGAUGAACAGGACGAAAGCAAAACAAGCAAAGAGGAAGAGACAGAGAGCAAAAAUGAGAGCUCAAAGGAAGAAUCAGAUGAAGAGAAUGAGGAGUCAGAGGUGAAAGAUAGUGAGGAUGAGGAAGAAAAUGAUGUGGAAAGUGACAGUGCAGAGGAGGAUAGUGCAGAGGAAGAUGAAGAUAGUGAAAAGACUAGUGAAGAAAAGGAAGAUUCUGAAAAGCUGGAGAGCGAGUCUGAAGAUGAAGGGGAUGACGAUGGUGAAAAGACAAGUGAAGAAGAGGAGGACGAUUCAGAAAAGCAGGAAAGUGAGACUGAAGGGGAGAGUGAGAGUGAAGCAGAGGAGGAGAGUGAGAAAGUUAAAGUUGAUGAAGAAGAGGGUGAAAGCAAUGAAGAGGAAGCAAUGAGUCAGAAUGAUGAGGAAGAGGAAGAAGAAGAGAGUGAAAAUGAAGAGGAAGAAGAGCAGGAGAGCAAUGACGAAGGUGAAGAAGAGCAGGAGAGCGAAGAGGAAGAAGAGCAGGAGAGCAAAGAUGAAGAGGAAGAAGAGCAGGAGAGCGAAGAGGAAGAAGAGCAGGAGAGCACAGAUGAAGAGGAAGAAGAGCAGGAGAGCAAAGAGGAAGAAGAGCAGGAGAGCAAAGAUGAAGAGGAAGAAGAGCAGGAGAGCAAAGACGAAGAGGAGGAAGAAGAAAGUAAUGAAGAAGAUGAUGAUGAUGAGGAAGACCAUCCAGAGGAAAAAGAAGGGGAAAAGUGUGAGGAGAAGGAAGAUGUUCUAGACGAGAAGAGAAAAGAGACAGAGGAGCAGGAGCAAAGCACUCCAGAGCCAGACAUACAGAAAAAGCAGAUUAUAAAAGAGGCAUCCGUCCCUGAUGGACUGAUAAAAGAUUCUGAUCCUGCUACCCUUAUAAAGGAGGAGACACAGUCAGAGAGAAAUGGAGUUUCAGAAGACAAACCUAAAACUCGUUUCGGCUCUAGAAACAGGCUUUCUCUUUUCAAGAGAUCUCCCACCAAAGGGAAUCGAGCAGAGAGCAGCGCUUCAGGCAAACCAGCAGCUGAUGGUCCACCUCAGAUCUCAGAGACUCGAGGACCGGAGAGUUCUAGCAGUCAAACACAGAUCGGAGGCACAACCACUGCAUCCAGUCGAUCACGUUCAGCCACUUGCAAUCUGCUUUGACACCUUUCAGCUGGGUUUGACAUGCUGUUUAUGCUGAACCAUCUUCUGAAUUGAAAAAAGAGACUGGAACAAAAACCGGAAGUAGAAGCGAAAUUUAACAACGCAACAUCCUGUUGGUGUUGGUGGUGUUCAUGUUACUGUGCCUUGUGCUGCAAAGCAGACCACAGAAAAUGACUACCUUUAACUGAAAACUGAGUUAGGGAGUCCAAUUUUAAUUUAAGUAUAGUUGUGAGCUAUAAUGGUUUUGUUUUGGUACUACAUUGUAUAGUAUUUUUCCUUUAUAUGUUUGCAGUGUCUGAUUUAUACAACUUUUUUAUCAAAGGCAUUCUUAAAGUCAUUACUGGGGAGUAAAUUUACCAAUAUGUGCCGUAUAUCUAGAAAUAUAAUUAUAUAUGUAUGUGCAUUUUUAUACCUAUUUAUUUACAUUUGAUGAAAGACUUUCAAAGCACCUGUGCACUUUAUAUAUUUAAAAUUUCAGGGUAAUGUGACAAUUUUUUUGUCCAUUUUUGUGAGAAUCAUCUAACAACCUUUGUAUUUGAUGUGAUACAAGUAAACAUCAACUUAAAACUGUC